UGCCUGCAGUUUGUGUUGAUGGUGUUCAAUGGUGAAAGGCCAGAGUCCAUCCAAGCCACAGGGAUGCUGCUUGACUCAGGAGUGGAUGAAUCAGUGGUUGUGACGAUGAAAUUCUCCAGGAAGAGAAUGGCCUUGUGUGCCUUUUUAAUUGCAGCCCGACUUCCAAAUGACGCUGUCAUUGCGGGCACUAAGGGUUCCAUUAAAGUUCUUGGCCCCAUGCACUGCCCCACCAAACUGCUGGUGAAUGACAAGGAAACAGAGUACCCUCUGCCUGAGCCGUGUCUCCCUCUGAAUUUUACCAACAGCACAGGGCUGCACUAUGAGACAGAAGAAGUGAGGCAAUGCCUGCUUAAAGGACUUAAGGAGAGUGAACGGAUGCCUCUGGCAGAUUCUGUCUUGCUGACAGAGAUCAUGGAUGAAAUCAGGAAACAAGUGGGAGUUGUCUUCAACCAAGACAGCCAGUGACGCCACUGUCAAGCAGAGCUGUUUCACCUGACCAAAUCCUACUAACAUGUAACAGAAGGAGUUGCUUGAGGCAGCUGGAAUGAGCCGAUCAAUCAGAGCACCAUGUGACAAAGCAUGGCAGCUGUGAAGGACUCAGUAAAUUUUUGGAAUAGGUAAAUGUUGGUUGCAUUAUUAGGCAGUUUGCUCUCCGUAUAGUCUUUUUAGCUUCAAUAUAAACCCAUGAUAGCUCAAAACAUAGUUAUCCUACCCCAGAUCUACUAUGUAAAUACCGUGAAAUACACUACAUGAGAAACAUUGCCAAAUUUUGUAUUACACAGAUUAAGCAGAGAGAUUGAAAAUAUGAUUUAAACCAGAUGAAUCGCAACGUAAACAGAUAGAGCAACUGCCUUGUG